AUGCCGCCCUGGGGCGCCGCCCUCGCUCUGUUCCUGGCCGCGCUCGCCCUGCUCGGCCUGCUGGCCCCGCGGCUCCGGCGCCCCUGGAGGCGCGCCGUCGGAGCGAGGACCCUGCCCGGGGCCGCGGGCCAGGACGACGAGGAGGAGACGGACGGCGGAGGCCCCGCGGACCGGUUCAGCAGCGGGCGGGAGCCGCUGCCCGGCGGGAGCCGCCUCAUCUGUAAGCCGUCGGCGCUGGCCCAGUGCCUGCUGCGCGCGCUGCGACGCUCGGCCGCGCUGGAGCCGGCGCCCCGCUCCUGGCUUUCGGGGCCCCACCUGCAGACCCUGUGCCACUUCGUCCUGCCCGUGGGCCCCGGGCCUGAGCUGGCCCGGGAGUACCUGCAGUUGGCGGACGACGGGCUGGUGGCCCUGGACUGGGUCGUGGGACCUUGCGCCCGGGGCCGCCGGGUCACCAACGCCGGGGGCCUUCCGCCGGUGCUGCUGGUGAUCCCCAAUGCGUGGGGGCGCCUCACCCGCAACGUGCUCGGCCUCUGCCUGCUCGCCCUGGAGCGCGGCUACUACCCGGUCAUCUUCCACCGCCGCGGCCACCACGGCUGCCCACUGGUCAGCCCCCGGCUGCAGCCUUUCGGGGACCCUUCAGAUCUCAAGGAGGCGGUCACUUACAUCCGCUUCCGACACCCGUCGGCCCAACUGUUCGCGGUGAGCGAGGGUUCGGGCUCGGCGCUGCUGCUGUCCUACCUGGGUGAAUGCGGCUCCUCCAGCUACGUGACGGGCGCCGCCUGCAUCUCGCCGGUCCUGCGCUGCCGCGAGUGGUUCGAGGCCGGCCUGCCGUGGCCCUACGAGCGGGGCUUUCUGCUCCACCAAAAGAUCGCCCUCAGCAGGUAUGCCACGGCCCUGGAAGACACAGUGGACACCAGCAAACUGUUCAGGAGCCGCUCCCUGCGAGAGUUUGAGGAGACCCUCUUCUGCCACACCAAGAGCUUCCCCAUCAGCUGGGAUACCUACUGGGACCGCAACGACCCCCUCCGGGAUGUAGACGAGGCAGCUGUGCCUGUGCUGUGUAUCUGCAGUGCUGAUGACCCCGUAUGUGGGCCCCCAGACCACACUUUGCCCACGGAGCUCUUUCACAGCAACCCCUACUUCUUCCUCCUGCUCAGUCGCCGUGGAGGCCACUGUGGCUUCCUGCGCCAGGAGCCCUUGCCAGCCUGGAGCCACGAGGUCAUUUUGGAGUCCUUCCGGGCCUUGACAGAGUUCUUCCGAACCGAAGAGAGGAUGAAAGGGCUGAGCAGGCGCCGAGCAUCGUUCCUAGGGGGCCGGCGUCGCUGGGGAGCCCUGCAGAAGCGGGAGGUCUCUCCCUCCUCCAGUCUGGAGGAGAUCUUUAGCUGGAAGCGGUCAUAUACAAGGUGA